CCUCCACUCAGGAGCUUGAUUCCACGAAAUUCUCCAGCAGGCGCACCAAGCGCGAUGGUUCCGGGGGGCGCUUGGCUCUACGGCAUUGGACUCUCGGCUUUGGCUCUGCAUUAGGGCGGCCAACUUUAAUGCGCCGGACCGCCGGUUGAAGGCCAGCACUCGACCUCCACUUAGCUAGCGGCUGACAGCAUGACGGCCUUGGGACUGAAGAGGACUCCGCUAACUAGGGGUCAUUGUCCGAGCGGUCCCUCCGUCUGAAAGAGGGGACUUGGGAUGCCCAGUCACGGAGGCUCGGGGGCCUCCACAAUGAAGUCACAGCCCCUGUUCACAGAGUCACACUGGCUCAAGCCGCCCCCUCAGGUUCAUUCACCGCCCCGAUCCUGCGGGGGCGAACCAAUAUAUUAUCUCAGGCAAGAAGCCCUCCCUAGUGUGCUAGUAACCACAUAACCACACUCUUUGAGGUCGACCCGAAACCCCGAUACCGUUCGCUAUGGACCCAAGUUCAGUCCCAGACUUUGACGAUCUGCCCAAGGUCGAUGGGCAGCCUCAGGGCUGCGCUUGGGGCGUAUUUGACAAAGACGGCAAGAAAGAUGUGUUUGGCACUCUGAACUUCAUCACGCCCAAGAUCGUGGCUGAGGCUGCUGCUGAGGUCAAGGAUGGCGUCUCAAUUUCCCUCAACUGGCCAUUGAACGGCAUCAAGUUCCCAGUGGCGGGUCGCAAGCCGCCGGUACAUCGCCCGCACCGCCUGAGAGAUCUAGACAUGGACUGCGAAGGCUGGGAUGACGAGCUCGAGUUUAAUACCCAGUUCGGCAGCCAGUGGGACAGCCUCUGCCACAUCACCACCGACGGCACCACAUACAAUGGCCAAAAGCCAACGGCGGAAGGCCUCUCGGUGCAAUCCACGGCCGAGAAUCCCCUCCCGACCAUCGAGCACUGGCACUCGCGCGGCGCCCUCGCCGGACGUGGUGUCCUGAUCGACUGGAAGCGGUACCACGAGGAGACGACGGGCGAGCCAUACCACCCGCUCGACGGGUACCGUAUCACGGCUGAGGAUAUUGAGAAGGUGGCCAAGCACCAAGGCGUCGAGUUCAAGCACGGUGAUAUUCUCAUUAUCCGGACCGGAUACACCCAGAUGCUGGAGGCCCCGACGCCCGAGGACUUUGCCAAGUUUCAGGCCGGUACCAUGUCGGGUCUCCACGGGCACGCGGAUACGGCGCGCUGGGUGUGGAAUCACCGCUUUGCGGCUGUGGCGGGCGAUGCCCACGCGUUUGAGGCGCUUCCGGCGCUGAAGCCCGAUGGAACGCCGGGCGGUGUUUCGGACCUGGUUCUACAUCCCUGGUUUCUCAACCAGUUCGGCAUGUCUAUCGGCGAGCUGUGGGACCUCAAAGCGCUGGGCGAAUACGCCAAAAAGACGGGGAGAUACAGCUUCUUGUUGACUUCGGCGCCCCUGAACCACCCCGGGCUGGUCGCCUCGCCGCCCAACGCGAUUGCUUUGUUCUAAGCCACAACCGGCAGGCAAAUUAACCGAGCCAUAGAAAUGUUUGAUUUUUGAGUUUUUAA